CACGAGCUGGGUUUUGAUUGAAGACAGCUAUUCUGACCUAGAGGGAGGACUGGGAAACAGCUGUCUCUGUACGCACAUCUUUUAUUAGAUUCUCCAGUGCAGAAGCGAGGAGAGACACUCCUCAGUCCUCGGCAGAGAGCUUGUUCAGAAAUGAAUGGCCGAUAUUUUCGCUCCUAUGGAUUCUUGAUCUACCUGAUGUUAAAUGGAGUCUGGCAAACAAGGUCGAAAUCAGAUGUGUCUGGGUCAGAGGCUUUCAAAAACAACAUCACACUUUUCACAUGGAUCCUGGACCGACUGUUGGAUGGCUAUGAUAACAGGCUGAGACCGGGUCUGGGAGAUCGAGUGACAGAGGUAAAGACUGACAUUUAUGUGACCAGUUUUGGCCCAGUAUCGGAUGCAGACAUGGAGUAUACAGUGGAUGUGUUCUUCCGUCAGCGCUGGACAGAUGAGCGACUAAAGUUCCAUGGGCCAAUGAACAUUUUGAGGCUUAAUAAUCUGAUGGCCAGUAAGAUCUGGACCCCUGACACUUUCUUUCAUAAUGGCAAGAAGUCUGUGGCUCACAACAUGACCAUGCCAAACAAAUUACUGCGGAUUAUGGAGAAUGGGACACUACUUUAUACCAUGAGGCUGACUGUGCAAGCAGAAUGUCCGAUGCAUCUGGAAGACUUCCCCAUGGACUCUCAUUCAUGUCCACUGAAAUUUGGCAGCUAUGCGUAUACUCUCACAGAGGUGACCUAUGUUUGGACGCGAAAUGCCACUCUUUCUGUGGAGGUGGCUCCAGAUGGCUCAAGAUUGAACCAGUAUGACUUGAGGGGCCAAACUGUUGGCAAAGAAACCAUUAAAUCGAGUACUGGGGAAUAUACAGUGAUGACUGUUCAUUUCCAUCUGAAGAGGAAGAUUGGUUACUUUGUGAUCCAAACUUACUUGCCCUGCAUCAUGACGGUCAUCCUGUCCCAGGUCUCCUUCUGGCUUAAUCGUGAAUCAGUACCUGCUCGAACAGUUUUUGGUGUGACUACAGUGCUUACUAUGACCACUCUGAGUAUCAGCGCUCGCAACUCAUUGCCCAAAGUGGCAUAUGCAACUGCGAUGGACUGGUUCAUUGCUGUGUGCUAUGCCUUUGUCUUCUCUGCCCUCAUUGAGUUUGCGACCGUCAACUAUUUUACCAAACGGGGCUGGGCUUGGGAUGGAAAGAGCAUUCUCAAUGACAAGAAAAAAGAGGGCUCUGUUAUGAAGAAGAACAACGCUUAUGCAGUUGCUGUAGCGAACUAUGCUCCACACAUCAGUAAGGAUUCAGCUUUGCCGACCAUUUCCAAGAGUGCUACAGCAGAGUCCACUAAAGCUCAGCCAGUGGCUAAAGAGAGCAAGAAGACGUUUAACAGUGUAAGCAAGAUCGACCGUAUGUCCCGAAUCAUCUUCCCUGUGCUGUUUGGCAGCUUCAACUUGGUUUACUGGGCUACAUACCUCAACCGAGAGCCUGUCAUCAAGAACAUGGUUCCCUCCCACUGAUCAUCCCAUUAAAUGUAAAUAUACACUUCACACCGACAUGCACACACAGUAUCUUUACGUACACAGACAUAGAUUUCAAAUAUUGCUUAGCUUUUGUACCUGUUUCGUAUUGUGUUAUGCUUGGCAUUUCUGUCCUACUACUGAGAGUUUUUACCAUGUCAUUCUUCUUCAAAACAACUUUCACUGCCAGGCCUAUCUUCAAAAUAAGAUGGCUUUUUUAUUUG